AUGAGUAAAAAUACGGCGUCAGAAGCAUACAUUGAUGAUUCCACUACGUUUGAAUCCUUUCAAUUAGAUUCCAGAUUACUGCAAGCUAUCAAAAGUUUUGGCUUCCAUCAUCCUACGUUGAUUCAAUCUACAGCUAUUCCUUUAGCCUUACAGCAGAAGAGAGAUAUUAUUGCAAAGGCAGCAACUGGUUCAGGUAAGACAUUGUCGUAUCUAGUUCCUGUCAUUGAAACUAUUCUAGAUUAUAAGAAAACAAGAGUCGGUAAUGAUAUCAUUGAAGAAAAUAGUACUUUAGGGAUUAUAUUAGUACCAACUAGAGAAUUGGCACACCAAGUGGCCACAGUCUUGGAACAGAUGAUUCUAUUUUGUUCUAACGACAUUAGAUAUUUGAAUAUAUCAUCUGACAUAUCGAAUUCUGUGCUAAGUUCUUUAUUGACGAACAGACCAGAAAUCAUAAUUUCUACUCCUGGGAAACUAAUGAAUGUUUUGGAAACAAAAAUUACUUCGAUUACAUUAGAAGAUUUGAAAUUUUUAGUUAUUGAUGAAGUUGAUUUAGUUUUAACAUUUGGUUAUCAAGAAGAUUUGAAUAAAAUAUCAGAAUAUCUGCCAUUAAAGAAAAACUUGCAGACCUUUUUGAUGAGCGCUACUUUAAAUGAUGAUAUACAACAACUGAAGCAAAAGUUUUGUCGUUCUCCAGCAAUCUUGAAAUUUAAUGACGAUGAAAUCAAUAAAGAUCAAACGAAGUUAAUUCAAUAUUAUGUUAAAGUUAGUGAAUUUGAUAAGUUCUUGAUGUGUUAUGUUAUCUUCAAGUUAGGUUUAAUAAAGGGGAAGACUUUAUUGUUUGUGAAUAAUAUUGAUAGGGGUUAUAGACUAAAACUGGUCUUAGAGCAAUUUGGGAUCAAAUCAUGUAUAUUGAAUAGUGAGUUACCAGCAAAUUCCAGACAACACAUAGUGGAUCAAUUUAAUAAGAACAUUUAUAAUCUUUUAAUUGCCACAGACGAUACCGAAUAUAUCAAAGAAGAAGAAGACGAAGAUGAAGAUGAAGGCGAUAGCAAAGGCGAUGAAACAAAUGCGAAGGAUAAGGUUGAAGUCGGUGUUGAAGGUAAAGAUGACAGCACUAAGGAAUCAGAAACUCAAAACAAGAAUAAUAACAAACAAAAAACCAGAAAGGAUAAAGAAUACGGUGUUUCUCGUGGUGUUGAUUUUAAGAAUGUUGCGUGUGUUUUGAAUUUCGAUCUUCCAACGACUGCUAAAUCUUACAUUCAUAGAAUUGGUAGAACUGCUAGAGCUGGGAAGUCAGGUACUGCGAUUUCCUUUGUUGUCCCACUUAAAGAAUAUGGUAAACAUAAACCAUCAAUGUGCCAAACGACUAAAAGAGAUGAGAAGAUUCUAUCCCGUAUCAUCAAACAACAAAGUAAAUUAGGACUAGAAAUGCAACCUUAUUCAUUCGAUACCAAACAAGUAGAAGGUUUCCGUUAUAGAUUAGAAGAUGGGUUCCGUGCGGUAACCCAGGUAGCGGUAAGAGAGGCAAGAAUUAAAGAAUUGAAACAAGAAUUACUAACAAGUGAGAAAUUGAAAAGACAUUUUGAAGAAAAUCCAAAGGAGCUACAGAGUUUAAGGCAUGAUAAAGAGUUACAUUCUGCCAGAGUACAACAGCAUCUAAAGAGAGUUCCAGAAUAUCUUCUCCCAGAAGCUGCUAGAAAAGGUGGUAAAAAGGUGAAUUUUGUUCCUUUCCAUAAUCCUAAAAAGAGCCGUAGAAAUGGUAAAAAAGGUGGGAAAGUGGGUAAACGUAGAACAGGUAAGUCUGAUCCAUUGAAAAACUUCAAAUAA